UGAGUAUACAUGUGUAUCGGCACUUAUAUUAAUCGGUUUAAAAAGUGAAUGCUUUGCUGUCGUAAUCAUAUAUGAUGGAUAUGAAGACAUUUCAAUUGUGUUUAAUUUUGCUGACACGUGUUUAUGGUGCACAGGAGGCUAGAAUCUUGCCACAUCCAACUGCAACAGUUCUGGAGGGUGAAAACCUGACACUAAGUUGCACAUGGCUUGGUUCAGCAGAUAUCGUCGAAGUUCUGUGGAAUGAAAACGGCAAUUAUAUGGGCUCUAUUUCAACGCAAUGCUAUGUGACAGGCGAACUAAGCAGAGCAACCAAGUUUAGCGCCGACUGCUGGGGGAACAAUUCAUUUGCAAUAACGCUGAAAAGAUUACAAAGGAACAUUCACAAUAAUGUUUGGAAUUGUGUAAUGGUAACAGGUGGAAGUAAUAUCACUAGUGAGAACACAACUAUUUAUGUUCAAGUCGGUAUAUCCAGCGUAGCCAUGCUUACUCCAUCUCCGCUGAAGGUACUUGCGGACAUAAACGUAAGUAUUCAGUUUCAGACAUCAUUAGGACGACCGUACUCCGAGAUGAGUUGUGAAACUCUAGGGGAAAUACGAUUCGCCGAUGGUCAGUCCGAGGGAAAUUACACGACCGAUGGAAUGUCAACGACGUUAGGUACACUGACUCUAAGUCCAACCAGGGACAACAAUACUGUCAUUGUGUACUGCACCGCAAGCAAUGUGGGGCCACAGUUCAAUACCAGCAAGGUCAUCAUCGAUGUUUUAUAUUCGUCAGAGGAACCCAAAUGCCAGCACAAAGGAGAGACCGUUAAAGAUGUCAUACGAAUCCAAGAGGGAAAUGAACUGUGCGUCACGUGUACAAGCAGAAGCAACCCUCCUGCCUAUUAUUACAAUUGGACAACCCCCAAGAACAUGUCUGUAUCGAGUAGCAACUUAUGUAUACCACACGCACAGAUGGACGACAGUGGUUUAUAUCAAUUGUCUGUUGGAAACAUAAUGACACCAACGAAUGGCUCAACCGUUGAAGGACAAAAUAGUACAAAUUUUACAGUCGAGGUUCUUUCUCCACAACCACAAUCAAGCAAGACCUUGUGGAUAGCAGGAGUGGUUAUUGGAGGUUUAGUCGGAACAGUUAUCUUUGGAUUGAUUGCUAUCUGUAUCCGGAAAUAUAAACAGACUCGCAAGAACGUGUCGCCGCAUGAGUAACUUUUGCAAAUAUCUGUUACCACUGGAAAUGGAAGAUGACAAAUGAGAGAAGGCUUAAUAAGAAAUAAUGACGAGUUGUCAUUGGUUACUGUCAUCAGAUAUAAACACAUAUGUUUCUUUUGAACAUAUAUAUUUGUGUUGUGAUAUAAGCAGUUAUUUUUAUCUUCUAUAAUGGUUUGCUCAUAUUUAUGUAUUUAUUAAAAUGCAAUAUUAUUGUCCAUAACAAUUUUGAAAUAGAUAUAUCCGAGCAUUAUUUUUACUAUUCUUCAGUUUUCAGAAUUAAUUGAUCGAGUAAAUAUGUCCAAUGUUCUCCGUUAUUGUAAUUAUAGCAUAAAGAGUGUUUUUACUUUCAUUAAAUUAGAAGUUUUUAUUGUUACAGGUAAAUUUCAAAAUAUAUGACUAUGCUAUUCAAUGUGUGCUGUAUCGUGUUUAAA